GUUAACCCCGAUAGAGGGCGAGAGUGUCCAAGCAUUUGGUAUGCGUUUUCAGAAGGUGUCCGAUGCCCUCAUGACAAGGGGGAAGUUAUCGGAAGUAGAGAGAUGCACUAUCUUUCUCAGUAAACUGCCAAGGGGGAAGCGGAAGGUGGUACUGAGGGAGACGCCUCUCGAUAAGUUCGAAUUCACGGCGUUGCUUAAGCUGGUCAUGAAACCGGAAGCCGAUGACUAUAAGGAUUCGCUCUGGAGAGGUAUGCUGCGCGAGGAUUAUUCCUUUUACAAGGAGUAUGGGACUGAUAGAUGCCCCGAUUUCAAUGACAAACCUUGGGCUGAACGACGAUAUUUGAUGGACUGGGAUAAAUCUCAUCGGUCAGGGGAUAACGACGCAGUAAUAGAGGAGAUGCAAGAGAAGAUGAAGGAAAUGGCCAGGCAAAUAGCAAAUUUCGAAACAAAGGUCAGAACCACGUACCGGGACAAGCCUGGAUCCCCCUACUCUCUGCGAUGGGAUCGUCGGAAUACCGACCGGUGGAGGAGCGUCGAAGACCGUAACCCUCGCAUGUUAGCUGAUUAUCGCGCGAGGGAAAGAGAUGAAGAUGAAAGGAGACGAAAAGACGAGGAGGAUCGCAGACGUAGGAACGAGGAGGAUCGAAGACGCAGAGAAGAAGAUGAUCGAAGACGUAGAGAGGACGAAGAGCGGAGGCGCAGGGAUGAUAAUAUAGACCGAGACCGCCGGCGUGAUGAGUAUCGAGGGGGAGAUUCUUACGGUCGAGAAGACAGAGCCGAGCAGUAUCUGCGCAGUCCCAGAGACCAGUACCCGCGCAGUCCCAGAUACGGUGAUGGUGCUGAAGGGUACUGGAGCCCGGGCAACUUUAACUUGAGGGAUAGAGAGGACUCCCGCAGUCGAUGGGAGUCGGAUAGGGACCGCCGAGAUGGAUAUCGAAGCAGUUACGAGCGGACUGAGAGAGAUGGCGAUCGUAGGGAAGAGCCACGCGGACAGUAUGAGAGAGGAGGAUAUCCUGCGUCGUCGGGGUAUCUCAAGUCCCCAAACUACCCUAGAUCUCCUGGGCCAUCUAACUAGGAUGCGAGACGACCGGCGAUUAAGUCGGCGGAGGAACGACCCCCUACCCCUAGGAACUCCUGUAUCUAUUGCAGGGGAGA